AUGCACACCCCGACCAACCUCCUUCGCUACCUUCCUCUCCUCACCCUUCUUCACCCCCCCGUCUCUGCUCUCGCACAGCCACCCUCCCAAGCCCCCCUCACGUCCCCCGAAAAAUGUCUCUCCUACUCUGCCACCUUUCUAACACCCUACACCUCCGGCGCCCUCGAACCACAUGCUUCAGCAAAACUCCCCGGUUUCUGCGAAGGAAUUGUGGAGCCCGUUGCCCUCCAUCCAAACAUUGUUGAUGACUGGGGAUACAUUUACGAUUUCAGCUCCGGGUGUGGAUGCGAUGGUGCAGGAGGCGACGGGAGUGAAAGAUUUUGGGUAUAUUUCCCUGUUGAGAUUAACAGUAUUGAGAAAGAUGAACAAAAACACGUUUUCGAGUCUCCGGGUCAUGCGGAUGAGGAACUCAAGAAGAAGAAUCGAAAGAAGAAGUGUCAUGGUAAAAACGAGAAGAAAGAAGAAGAAAUGGAAAUAGAGAUCAUGGAGCCCUGGGUUCUACACGCAGAAGGAUGUGAGGAUAAUAGAGGAGAUGUCGAAAUUAAUGGAGGAUUGGGAACGUGUGAGGAGGGUAUUCUGAGAACGUGGCAGAUGGGGGUUAGUAGAGAGGAUUGGAGAGAGAUGAGAAGUGAUGGAGGAAUGGUUUGGAUUGUUGAGGGAUGGGAUAGGUGCGAGGAGUUGGAGGGGAGAUUGGGACAUGUAGAAGAGGAAGAGGAAAAUAUCGAAGAGGAGGUGAUUGAAUUUGAGGUUGAGUUUGAAAUCGAAAAGGAGAUUGAGUAUGAGGUUGAAUUCGAAAUUGAAAUUGUAGAGGAGGGAGUGGAUGAGGAUAACAUCGAGUAUGAACUUGAAUUUGAGAUUGAAAUCGUGGAUGUAGAAGAUGACGUUGAGGAGGAGCAACAGGAGAAAGUAGAGAUGCUAGAUUUCGAACUUUAG